UGUUUAGGUACUGGAUUAGGUUAUGAAGUUGAAGAAUCAGGCCAACUGGGUCAAGCCAUUAUACCUGACCCAAUUUACGUGUACCGAAAUUACCCCUAUAUAGGGUACUCUGUAACGACGGGAAAAUUCUUUAAACUUAGUGAAACAGAAUCAUUGGUCCUGGGUGCUCCAAGAGAUUCAGAUACACGAGGAAAGGUUUACAUCAUCAGUGGAUAUGCAUUUUUUACAUCGAAAUCCUUUAAAGAAGAAGCCAGGUUUGAAGGAAGCCAGAUGGGAGAGUACUUUGGAGCUACAGUUCUAGCAGUUAAUUUAAAUAACGAUAAGUAUUCAGACUUACUUGUGGGGGCACCACUGUUCUCCCUAGAAGGUGGUUCCGAAUGAAGGCAGAGUGUACCUUUAUCUCAGUGAUGGAGUGGGGCUUCAGCUUUCAUCUGUAAAAUUAAUGGGAUCAAAGACAUAUAAAUCUCGAUUUGGUUCAGCACUAGCCAGGGUCGGCGACUUGGAUCAAGAUGGAUAUUUAGAUGUUGCAAUUGGUGCACCGUAUGAAGAUGAUAGGGGAGCUGUGUAUAUAUAUAACGGUAGCCCAGAAACAGGUCUUAAACCCAAAUAUAGUCAGCGUAUAUUUGCUGCUGAUGUUGAUCAAAACUACAAUCUCAAAGGUUUCGGUAUCAGCAUUGCUAAAAGCAUGGAUGUGGAUGAUAACCUCUACCAAGAUUUGUUGAUUGGUGCCCACGAAUCUGGACAUGCCGUUCUACUUAGGACCAGCCCAGUGGCAAAUAUUGAAUCUAAGCUAAGUUUUAAUAAGGACGUUAUAGACAGAAAUGUUUUGGAUUGUUCUUACAAUGAUGAACAAUAUUCUUGUGUAGAAGUGAAGUACUGUAUCCAGUACAGUGGUCGUAACUUGCCGAAGUCCCAAACAUUGGAAGUGAAGAUAAUAUCAGAUGUUAAGCAGUCAGGAAAAACCUCCAGAGGUUUCUUUGUUGAAGAUCAGCAGACAAAACAAAAUUUUAUAGUGACUCUAAACUUACGCUAUGAUUCUCCAUACUGCGCAAGUAAAAAUUUCUACAUCAAGAAAAAUUUAAAUGAUCUUUCUGCUCUAACCUUCACCCUGUCUCAUGCUCUGUUGUCAGAACCCUUUACUGUGUUCUGCAAGAAUUGCCCCAUCAUGAAUAAAGAUCAGCUAUCCAAUGUGACGAAGAAAAUAAAAUUUUAUAUUUCUUGUGGAAAUGAAGAAUGCAUCUCUGACUUAAAGAUCUCGGCAAACAUUUUAAACUACAAAGAAGAAGAAACCUUAGUUAUUGGUCAGAACACUAGUUUGACUCUAGAAGUUCAAGUAACCAAUCAGAUCAAUCCGGCAUAUGAUGCAAAAGCAUUUAUCAAAAUACCACCAGAUGUUGCUGUAAUCAACCAAGACAGGUGCCACAUCAUUACUGGGGACACUGUUAACACCUUACAGUGCGACGUUGGAAAUCCCUUAAACGCCAAUGAUAUUGUGAAAUUUCAAGUGAAAUUGGACAUUUCAAAGUUGACGGGGAAGUCGAAAGAGAUUAAGAUUGAUAUCAAUGUCAUUUCACAGGGCAAAGAACAAAACCCAUUGGACAACAGUGUCAGUAUUGUUGUGUCCUUCGUUGCUAAGACUCACAUCAGUAUUACAGGGUUCACGGAAAAAGAACAAAUAUUAUAUGGGCCAGGACAACCAAGUAUGCUUCCUUUGGAGCAAGGUUAUAUGGUCUCAAAGAUUUCACCAAGUCCAAUCGAUGUUGUCACCCUUAUUAUAUUCGUUCCAUCGUCACUCGAUAGAAAUACUGAACAACUGAUUAACGUCCGUCAAGUUGAGGUUGGAGAUGGCUCAAAUACCUAUGUAUCAGGCAGCUGUAAGAUACGCACAUUAGGUGAACUUGAUGAGACUGGUACAGAUAUUGAGAAAACAACUGAGGAUGAGACAAAAGAUGUGGAUUUCGAACACAUAUUGAAUUGCAAAACUGCCGUUUGUAAAGAAACUCGUUGUGAUGUGGGACCAUUUUCCAACAUCAGAAAGGUGGCUAAGAUUCGGAUUAUUGGAGAAGUUAAUGCAGAAGCUCUAGAAAAGAGUUUGGGAAGAAAAGAUGUCAUAAUAAUAGAAUCAAAGGCAAAGGUUUGGAUUCCGGAUCCAGCAGGUUAUGACCCAAAUAUACCACCAGACUACACUUCCUCUGCAAAAACUCAACUAGUUCUUGCUGGAGCACCACCACCAAUUAAAGUAGCAUCUUGGAUAUAUGCUGUCAGUAUCAUAGUUGGGAUUCUCUUGCUUGUCCUACUGGGAUAUGGGAUGUAUAGGUUAGGAUUUUUCAAAAGGAAGGAGCGAGAAGACUUAGAAAAAUUGAAAAAACAAACAGAUGAAUUAAAACCAUGUUUAGAAUCAAAAACCAAUUAUGAUAAAGCCAAUUUUGCUUAGUUCUGAUUUGUAAAAUAUAAAUGUGUAUACUUGAAAUGACUAGUUCUUUUUAUUUUAACACAACAUUUAACUUCCUCUGAUAAGACUUAUGGCUCUAAUGCAUUUAACUUUCUCUGGCAUGACUUCUGGCACUGGUAUAUUGAACUCCCUUCUGACAUGACUUGUGGCCCUGGUACAUUUAACUUUCUCUGGCAUGACUUCUGGCACUGGUAUAUUGAACUCCCUUCUGACAUGACUUGUGGCCCUGGUACAUUUAACUUCCUCUGACAUGACUUCUGGCCCUGGUUCAUUUAACUUCCUCUGACAUGACUUCUGGCCCUGGUACAUUUAACACCCACUAACAUGACUUGUGGCUCUGUAAAUCUAACUUCCUCCGGCAUGACUUGUGGCUCUGGUACAUUUAACAUUCUCUGACAUGACCUGCGGCUCUGGUCAUCAAGAAGAUGAGGUAAUGCUUCCAAGUAAAACUAGUUCUAGGUUUCAUCUUCACUGCUGGCUGAGUGUUUUCAGAUUUAUGGAGCUUAUUCUCAAAAUGAAGUGUGCUAUAGAAAUUCAUUUUUUUAAGUAGCUCAUAAUUUGGUGUUGUAUUUUUUCAUUAUUUAUUAAACAAAGCAAUAUUUAUUAUUAAUUGAAGAUGAUUCAUAAAGUGAAUUGUAGAAUUAAUGUCUGUAGCACAUGACAGCCAUUACACAUCUAACUUUUGUGGAUAAUUACAGGACUAAGUGCCCAUUAAAAUUAGUUCAUAAUGGAGAGAUGAAAGUAGCAUUUGGUACAGUACAGUAAGAUGUCAGAUGUAGUUUUCAUAAUCUAAAGUAAUUUGUGUCCAUUUUUCUAUGUAACAUGGUGUAUGUAUUUGAUGUCAAAGCUUGAAAUGUGGAUAAGCAACAGAUUGCAAUAAAACUUUGUACCAUUUUA